UUGUGGUGGCAAUUAAUGAUGAUUUGCACAUUUUAGUAAUUUACAAAACUGUGGGCACCCGGCACAACAUAAGAAACACCUCUUUCUCCUGAACCAUGAAAUCUGGUGACCUCUGCUUAAAUACGUGGCUUAUUAUGCAUGUUUCAGCCUUAGUGACAACUGGUACCAAAUGGUUGCUGGACUGGGAAGAAUUCUGUUUGGGUCAUUUUAAUGCAUAGCUAAUUUGGAUUUUUUUCUUUUUUUUGUAGGUUGUUCUUAAAAAAAUGGUUAUUUCUUCAAACUCAUGCCUGGGCUUUAUCUGUUUAUUGUUGUGCCACUGGAUUGGGACCACCUCCCCUCUGAAUCUUGAAGAUCCCAAUGUGUGUAGCCACUGGGAAAGCUACUCAGUGACUGUGCAGGAGUCAUACCCUCACCCCUUUGAUCAAAUUUACUACACUAGCUGCACUGACAUUCUAAACUGGUUUAAAUGUACACGGCACAGAAUCAGUUACCGAACAGCCUAUCGCCAUGGGGAAAAAACCAUGUAUAGACGCAAAUCCCAGUGCUGUCCUGGAUUUUUUGAAAGCAGUGAAAUGUGUGUCCCCCACUGUGCUGAUAAAUGUGUCCAUGGUCGCUGCAUUGCUCCAAACACCUGUCAAUGUGAGCCUGGCUGGGGCGGGACCAACUGCUCCAGUGCCUGUGAUGGUGAUCACUGGGGGCCCCACUGCAGCAGCCGAUGCCAAUGCAAAAACAGGGCUCUGUGCAACCCCAUCACGGGCGCCUGCCAUUGCACUGCAGGCUUCCGGGGCUGGCGCUGUGAAGACCGUUGUGAGCAGGGCACCUACGGUAACGACUGUCACCAGAGAUGCCAGUGCCAGAAUGGAGCCACCUGUGACCACGUCACGGGGGAAUGCCGCUGCCCACCAGGAUACACUGGAGCCUUCUGUGAGGAUCUUUGUCCGCCUGGCAAGCAUGGUCCACAGUGUGAGCAGAGAUGCCCCUGCCAAAAUGGAGGAGUGUGUCAUCAUGUCACUGGCGAAUGCUCUUGCCCUUCUGGCUGGAUGGGCACAGUGUGUGGUCAGCCUUGCCCUGAGGGUCGCUUUGGAAAGAACUGUUCCCAAGAAUGUCAGUGCCAUAAUGGAGGGACGUGUGAUGCUGCCACAGGCCAAUGUCACUGCAGUCCAGGAUACACAGGGGAACGGUGCCAGGAUGAGUGCCCUGUUGGGACUUAUGGGGUUCGCUGCACUGAGAUCUGCCGAUGUGUCAAUGGUGGGAAGUGUUACCACGUAAGCGGUGCGUGCCUCUGCGAAGCAGGCUUUGCUGGGGAACACUGCGAAGCGCGCUUGUGUGUGGAGGGACUGUACGGCAUCAAGUGUGACAAACGGUGCCCCUGCCACCCAGACCACACUGAUAGCUGUCACCCCAUGUCUGGAGAGUGCGCCUGCAAGCCAGGCUGGUCUGGGCUCUACUGUAAUGAGACAUGCUCUCCUGGAUUCUACGGGGAAUCUUGCCAACAGAUCUGCAGCUGCCAAAAUGGGGCUGACUGUGACAGUGUGACUGGAAAGUGCACCUGUGCCCCUGGAUUCAAAGGAAUUGACUGCUCUACCCCUUGUCCCCUGGGAACCUAUGGGGUAAACUGCUCCUCUCGCUGUGGCUGUAAAAAUGAUGCUGUCUGUUCCCCUGUGGAUGGUUCUUGCACUUGCAAGGCAGGCUGGCACGGGGUGGACUGCUCCAUCCGCUGUCCCAGUGGCACAUGGGGCUUUGGCUGUAACUUAACAUGCCAGUGCCUCAACAGGGGAGCCUGCAACACUCUGGAUGGGACCUGCACGUGUGCACCUGGAUGGCGCGGGGAGAAAUGUGAACUUCUCUGCCAGGAUGGCACAUAUGGGCUGAACUGUGCUGAGCGCUGUGACUGCAGCCAUGCCGACGGCUGCCACCCCACCACAGGCCAUUGUCGCUGCCUGCCUGGAUGGUCAGGUGUCCACUGUGACAGCGUGUGUGCCGAAGGACGCUGGGGCCCCAACUGCUCCCUGCCCUGCUACUGCAAAAAUGGAGCUUCGUGCUCCCCCGACGAUGGCAUCUGUGAGUGUGCUCCAGGAUUCAGAGGCACCACUUGUCAGAGAAUUUGCUCCCCUGGGUUUUAUGGGCAUCGCUGCAGCCAGACGUGCCCACAGUGUGUGCACAGCAGUGGGCCCUGCCACCACAUCACAGGCUUGUGUGACUGCUUGCCUGGCUUCACGGGGGCUCUCUGCAAUGAAGUGUGUCCCAGUGGCAGAUUUGGGAAAAACUGUGCAGGGAUUUGUACUUGCACCAACAAUGGAACCUGCAACCCCAUUGACAGAUCUUGUCAGUGUUACCCAGGUUGGAUCGGCAGUGACUGCUCUCAACCAUGUCCACCUGCUCACUGGGGCCCAAACUGCAUCCACACCUGCAACUGCCACAACGGGGCUUUCUGCAGCGCCUAUGACGGGGAAUGUAAAUGCACUCCUGGCUGGACGGGGCUCUACUGCACUCAGAGAUGCCCUCUGGGGUUUUAUGGAAAGGACUGCGCGUUGACAUGCCAGUGUCAGAACGGAGCUGAUUGCGACCACAUCUCUGGGCAGUGCACUUGCCGCACUGGCUUCAUGGGGAAGCACUGUGAGCAGAAGUGCCCUGCCGGAACAUAUGGCUACGGCUGUCGUCAGAUAUGUGACUGUCUGAACAACUCCACCUGUGACCACAUCACCGGGACCUGCUACUGCAGCCCAGGAUGGAAGGGGGCACGAUGUGAUCAAGCUGGUGUUAUCAUAGUUGGAAAUCUGAACAGCUUAAGCCGAACCAGUACUGCUCUCCCUGCUGAUUCCUACCAGAUCGGGGCCAUUGCAGGCAUCGUCAUUCUUGUCCUAGUCGUUCUCUUCCUACUGGCAUUGUUCAUUAUUUAUAGACAUAAGCAGAAGGGGAAGGAAUCAAACAUGCCAGCAGUUACCUACACCCCUGCUAUGAGGGUCAUCAAUGCAGAUUAUACCAUUUCAGAAACUCUUCCGCACAGCAAUGGUGGAAAUGCUAACAGCCAUUACUUCACCAACCCUAGUUACCACACUCUUACCCAGUGUGCCACGUCCCCUCACGUUAACAAUAGGGACAGGAUGACCAUUGCAAAGUCAAAGAACAAUCAGCUGUUUGUGAAUCUUAAAAAUGUGAAUCCCGGGAAGAGAGGCCCUGUGGUAGACUGUACAGGGACACUUCCAGCAGACUGGAAACAUGGCGGCUAUCUUAAUGAGCUCGGUGCUUUUGGACUUGACAGAAGUUAUAUGGGAAAAUCAUUAAAAGACCUUGUAAAGAAUUCAGAAUAUAAUUCAAGUAACUGCUCCCUAAGCAGUUCUGAAAACCCAUAUGCCACUAUUAAAGACCCACCUGUACUUAUCCCCAAAAACUCAGAGUGUGGCUAUGUGGAGAUGAAGUCACCGGCACGGAGAGACUCCCCAUAUGCAGAGAUCAAUAACUCAACUUCAGCCAACAAGAAUGUCUAUGAAGUUGAACCUACAGUGAGUGUUGUCCAAGGAAUAUUCAGCAAUAAUGGGCAUCUCACCCAGGAUCCAUACGACCUUCCAAAGAACAGUCACAUUCCUUGCCAUUAUGACCUACUGCCUGCCCGAGACAGUUCAUCUUCUCCCAAGCGAGAGGGCAAUGGCAGCAGCAGCAGCAGCAGCAGCAGCGAAUGA